AUGUCCCAGGAACUCGGAGAACUAGGAAACAUUAAGCCAUCCAAUGGUGAAGUGCCAAAAUCUGUAGGCGAAAACCUUCAGACUAACUCUGCUAAGGUUGAAGGCGAGAAUGCCUCGAUCGGGAAAGCCGAAGGACAACUUGGAAAAACCGAGGGCCAACUAGGAAAAACCGAAGGGCAACUUGGAAAAACUGAGGGCGAGCUUGGAAAAACCGAGGGCCAACUUGGAAAAACGGAAGGCCAUCUCGGCAAAACUGAAGGCCAAUUAGGAAAGACUGAAGGCCAGCUUGGCAAAACUGAAGGCCAGCUUGGAAAAACUGAGGGUCAACUAGGUAAAUUCGAAGGCCAAUCGGACAUUUAA